AUGGGCUUUGAGCCGCAGAUCCGGGAAAUCGUGCAGAAGCGGGAUAUGCCAUCCUGCAGGGAGGGCCGAAUGACGCUGAUGUUCUCAGCUACAUUCCCAAAGGAAAUCCAGAAGCUGGCGCAGGCCUUCAUGAGGAGCUACAUUUGGAUUGGCGUCGGCCGGGUCGGUGGCGCCGUGGACACGGUGGAACAGACUUUCAUGGUCACCAGCAACCGAGGCAAGCCAGAAGUUUUGACCCAGGUCUUGAACACAAACCCUACGGACUCCACCCUCAUCUUUGUUGCCAUGAAGCGCACGGCUGCUUGGUUGGAGGGGCACCUGACGCGAUUGGGCUACAACGCAGCCGCAAUCCAUGGAGAUAUGGAGCAGCGGGAGCGUGAGCAGUCCCUUUCAACCUUCAAGAGUGGGAAGAGCACCUUCCUGGUGGCCACGGACGUUGCGGCUCGAGGCCUCGACAUCCCCAAGGUCUCGCACGUCAUCAACUACGAUCUGCCUCAGAACAUCGACUCCUAUGUUCACCGGAUCGGCCGGACUGGCCGAAUUGGCAACCACGGCUGGGCGACCAGCUUCUAUGCCACCGGCCCUGAGGAGUUUAAGGAAAUGAUUGGUCCUGCAGGCUUUGGGAUUCUGUAA